CUAGAAAAAUGCAAGUUCACCCCCUUCACAUUUUGGAAAGAAAACCCUGAAAUUUAAAAACCCUCUUUCAACCCCAAUCUCCGACGACGCCGGAGAUGGCUUAUACAUACAGAUACAGUCGUCCUCUAGUCCAGUCAUACCGCAUUCUUCACAAACUCCAUGCAGUGAGCUCUUGCGGACAAAAUAGGUUUUCAUCAUUUUUCUCAACAGAAUUCGUCGGUGAUACACCUGUGCUCGUUAGAGACUUUAUACACUCAGCAUUGUAUCAUCCUGAUCAUGGUUACUUUUCACAAAGCCCAAGGUCUGUUGGAGUGCUUGAUAGGGGCAUUAACUUUCAUAAGCUUCAAGGAAGAAAGGCUUACAUGUCACAUUUGGAAAACAUUUACAAGCAAAAUGAUGUUUCUUGGUUUACCCCAGUUGAGCUUUUCAAGCCUUGGUAUGCCCAUGGGAUUGCAGAAGCAAUCUUGAGAACAACUAAUCUUUCUUUUCCACUAAAGAUAUAUGAAAUUGGAGGUGGAUCAGGAACUUGUGCAAAGGGCAUAAUGGAUUACAUAAUGUUGAAUGCACCUACACGAGUUUACAAUAACAUGUCAUACACUUCAGUAGAAAUUAGUUCUUCAUUAGCCAAGAAACAGUUAGAAACUGUUGGAGAAGUUGGUAGUCACUUAUCAAAGUUCAAAGUAGAAUGUCGUGAUGCUGCUGAUCGUAUUGGAUGGGGGAAUGCAGAGCAACAACCAUGUUGGGUUAUAAUGCUUGAGGUUCUUGAUAACCUUCCACAUGACCUUAUUUAUUCGGGGAAUCAAAUUUCACCAUGGAUGGAAGUUUGGGUAGAAAAGCAACAAGACAGUGGUAAAUUGUGUGAGUUGUAUAAGCCGAUGCAAGAUCCUCUGAUAAAAAGUUGUUUGGAUGUUUUAAAUGUUGAUAAAGACUUUAAACAUCAAGGAAUUAAAGAGGCUUCAUUUCCUAGCAAAAUGUGGGCUAAAAUCUUUCCAAAAGCUAAACGAUGUUGGCUACCUACUGGUUGUUUGAAACUUCUAGAAACAUUACAUGGAGCCUUGCCAAAGAUGUCAAUGAUUGCUUCUGAUUUCAGUUACCUUCCUGAUGUCAAAGUACCUGGUGAAAGAGCUCCUUUGGUUUCCACCAAGAAAGACGGAAGCAGUUCAGAUCACAGCUCAUAUUUGGAUGCCAAGGGUGAUGCAGAUAUAUUUUUCCCAACUGAUUUUUGGCUUUUGGAGCGGAUCGAUCACUACAGUUCCGGGUGGUUAAAAUCAAGAAUCGAGUCAUAUGACAGGUCAUCCAAAAAAGGAAAGAAAAGACGCACCAUAACACUUGAUACAUCGGUGUUUAUGGAAGAGUUUGCAUACACUUGCCUCUCCUUCUCCAACAUCGAAGAUGAAGAGGUUGAAGAGAGGGGUUGGGUAUUCAAAGUAUCUUCAUACCAGAACCUUUUUCAAGAAGAUAUCUCAAUAAUUAGUUUAAAUGUAUAUAUCCUCUCCUUUCACAACAAAUCGUCACCCAGAAAUUCCUCCUCGUCUUCUCACCGACAAUUUAAGAUUGAUCUGACUUCCAAGGUAUCUUUAAUCUUCUCAGAACACCAAGCAAACAACCUAGCACUUUUAGUAGCAAUCAGUUUGGAAUGUUUCCUACCUGCUGACUCACCACCAUCUAGCAUUUUUGUGCAGGAAAUUUGUUGUAAUCAGUUAUCUGUAAAGGAUUUGAUCAUUUAUUGUUUCGCGUUUCUACCAACUGGAUGGGGACCGAUACUAGCUAGUUGGUAAAGCAUUCAAGCCAUUGAUUCGAUGCACGGUUUUGUGGAAAUUCACAUCACUCUUAGUUAUUCAAUCUCGAGUUCCAAGGUCUUAUCAGAAGUCAUUACCGGUAUCAAGUUGCUACUUUUGAAAAGAUCAGCAACAAAAGGCAAACAAAGGCUUUCGAAGUACAUUGCUAUUUUGGAAACACGAGUACAAGUAGACUGUUAUUUUAGUCUUUUUCCACCUUGUUUCUGGUGGCUUUUGUCUAUGUUAAUCUAAAUUUUGUAGGUUCUUGUUUUCUCUG